GUUCAUAUCGUGUUGACAUUUCCUCUGAUUGAGUCCUUAUCCUGAGUUGUUCAUCUUCCCGACUUGUUUGCACGGUUACGCUGGUCCAGGCUCACUGUGUUUUAUAUUUUAUUGGCUGUCUUUUCUGUGUGGAGAAAUAUGGCUGGAACUAUUGAUUCUCAGACCAAACAGGUUCUGAUAGACAUUGCUAAUAAGCUGAGAAUUCACAGUAUUGAAUCUACCACUGCUGCUGGUACUGGACAUCCAACAUCAUGCUGUUCUAUUGCGGAAAUAAUGUCUGUCCUGUUCUUCAACACCAUGAAGUACUCCAUAUCAGAACCAAGGGGAGCUAACAAUGACAGAUUUGUCCUCUCAAAGGGACAUGCUGCCCCGAUCCUGUAUGCUGCCUGGGCAGAGGCAGGUCUCUUUCCAACAUCAGAGCUUUUGAAGCUCCGUAAAAUUGAAUCUGACCUUGAAGGACAUCCUACUCCUAGGCUGAAUUUUGUUGACGUGGCCACUGGUUCUCUGGGACAAGGCUUGAGCUGUGCAGCUGGGAUGGCAUACACCGGGAAAUACUUUGACAAAGCUGACUACCGAGUGUUCUGCAUUAUUGGUGAUGGAGAGAGUGCAGAAGGGUCAAUCUGGGAGGCCAUGGCCUUCAGCAGUUACUAUAAACUUGACAACCUGGUGGCCAUCUUUGAUGUGAACCGGCUGGGUCAGAGUGAACCUACAAGUCUACAGCAUGAGAUGGAUGUUUACAGGAAGAGAGCCGAGGCUUUUGGCUGGAAUACAAGUGUCGUUGAUGGCCAUGAUGUAGAAGCUCUGUGUAAAGCUUUCCAUGACGCCAGUACCGUGAAGGGCAGACCUACCUGUAUCCUGGCCAAGACCUUCAAAGGCAAAGGAAUUCCAGGCAUUGAGGAUCAGGAGAACUGGCAUGGUAAACCCUUGUCUGCCAAAUCAGAGGCUGCCAUACAGGCCAUUAUGGAGAACAUUGCAAACAAAGGACCCCACGGACUGACCCCCAAACCCCCCAGUAACCUCGCCAAACCUGUCAACAUCUCCAACAUCAAGCUGUCCGAACCUCCCACAUAUGACAAAGGAGCUACAGUUGCAACAAGAGCUGCUUAUGGAACUGGUCUUGUAAAGCUGGGCAAAAACAAUGACAGAGUGAUCGCCAUGGACGGAGACACUAAAAAUUCUACAUUUGCCAUCAAACUGAAGGAGGCUUUUCCGGACCGGUUUAUCGAGUGCUUCAUCGCUGAACAGAACCUGGUUGGAGUGGGAAUCGGUUGUGGAACCAGAGGGAGAACCGUACCAUUUAUCUCUACAUUUGCCUGCUUUCUGACCAGAGCCUUUGACCAGAUCAGAAUGGGUGCUAUCUCUCAGACUAAUGCUAACUUUGUGGGCUCUCAUUCUGGAGUCUCUAUUGGUGAAGAUGGUCCCUCCCAGAUGGCACUGGAAGACCUAGCCAUGUUCCGUACUAUCCCAGGGUCCACGGUCUUCUACCCCAGUGAUGCUGUAUCUACAGAGAGGGCCAUGGAGUUGGCAGCUAACACCCCUGGGGUCUGUUUCAUCAGAACAAGUCGUCCCAAUACUCCCAUAAUCUACAGUGCUGAUGAUGAUCUUCAGAUUGGAAAAGCUAGGGUGGUACGUAAGAGUGACAGUGACAAAGUGACAGUGAUUGGCUGCUGCGUGACCUUGUUCGAGGCCCUGAAGGCCGCAGACAAACUCGCUGUUGACGGAGUGAACAUCCGAGUGAUUGACCCCUUCACCAUUAAACCAAUUGAUGAAGAAUUGAUCCGAAAGAAUGCCAAAGAAACAGGAGGAAAGAUCAUAACUGUGGAGGAUCAUUACCCUGAAGGAGGUCUAGGGGAGGCUGUUUGCUCAGCUGUGGCAUGUUGUCGCGACAUCACCGUCAAGAAGCUUGCUGUUCCCGAAGUCCCAAGAUCUGGCAAAAGUGCGGAACUCCUGGAGAAAUACGGAAUCAGUGCAAACUGCAUUGUUAAGGCCGUCAACCAAAUUCUGUCCCAGUAAAAUGGUGCUUUAGUACACAAACUCUCCAAAUAGAAAUGCUAGACCUUUAUCAAAUUUUAUCACAUAUAUUAUGACUUGUACUAGUUAUUCUUUUAUUUAUAUGUGUAUCUCCUUGAUUUUUUGCCAAUUCAAACGUUUUUUGCUAGAUAAGCAUUUCCAUGUUAAAUGGUUUUGAGCGACCUAGUGCUGUAUCUCCUUGUCUCAGAACAGUUGUUGACCAACAGAUGUACUGUUUGUUUUUGAAAAUGAUUUUGUCAAAGAACAAAGAAAUAAAAGUUAAACAAUCAA